AUGCUGUUGCCUUCGUGUCUGUUUCUCCUCUUCAACAUCUUGUCAAUCAACCCCAGCACUGCCUCUCCCGUCACAUACGCUGAUACAGCCUGUCCCRUCCCCUGCGAUGGAAUUCGAUCGGGAAGCUGGACCUCCUUCCAUCAACUGCAUGAUCUCGAAGCGUGUGCCGGCACCGUCUUGUUUGAGACCAACCUGUACAACGCCAUCGACGACCCUGAGACGCAAAUUUUCUUUCGAGCAUGUACGGCCUCUGGAGUCUCAGCGCCGAAAGGCGACAGCCAGGGACGCAUUGCGAAGAAAGCCAAGCGGCAGUAUCUGUCCUUCAACACGACCGCUCCUCACUCAGCUGAGGUUCAGCUUUUAGCCCCGGCAGACGGAGCGGCGGCGGCCGUGGCCGUCCCCGCGGAGGACGUCCAAUCGGCUCUCACGGCCCUUGGCAGCCACAUGCAGGACCUCCCAGACGACGAACAAUCUUCGACUUCUCCCGUCAGCCUUUUUGCCAAACAUGGCGGCGCUAUUGCUGGAACAUACGUCGGCACUCAGGUGCAGAAAGACAGUGCGGCUGCAGCGAUUGCAGCUUUCGCUGAGCAUCUUUCAAGAUCGGCCUCCAACAUAGGAGCUGCUCAGGCCUGUGGAUCCCCUGGCCGCAAGGAAACAUCCUCAUCGCAAGUCUUUGGAGUCGUCGCUGGUUACCAAGUUCCUACCGUUCAGGAUUUCCUCCGAGACUGGAAUGAUGCCUUGUGCCUCGCAGAAGGCUCUCAGACGAUUGAGGGUGCAGUCAUUGACUACACUUCUGGCGCUCAGAUACGCAUCUCGCCAGAAGGUGUAGAAGAUGGCGCAUCCUUGAGGCCACGCAACUCACAGCUUCGUCCUCGCGCAACAUGUCCCUACACCCAAGUACAGUCGGGAGACGGCUGCUGGGCAUUGGCAGAUCGAUGGUAA